AUGGACCCAAACAACAAGAUGAAAUUCGGGGUUUUCAUGGCCCCCUUCCAUAGAACGAACGAAAACCCCACGUUGGCCCUGGACAGGGACCUUGAGCUGAUCCAGUGGCUAGACGUACUAGGGUUCGACGAAGCCUACAUCGGCGAACACCACAGCGCCGGCUGGGAAACCAUCGCGUCUCCCGAGGUGUUCAUCGCCACCGCUGCUGAACGCACCCGCCAUAUAAGGCUGGGUACAGGCGUGAUCAGCCUCCCGUACCACCACCCUUACAUGGUGGCCAACAGGAUGGUAUUGCUGGACCACCUGACCCGGGGCAGGGUGAUCCUUGGUGUGGGAACCGGCGCGCUUAACUCGGAUGCCUAUAUGUUUGGCAUCGACAUGGGACGCCAACGGGAGAUGAUGGACGAGUCCUUGGGGAUCAUCAUCCGGCUCAUGACAGAAACCGAACCAAUUACCUACAAGAGCGACUGGUUCGAGCUUCACGACGCUGUCCUCCAGCUGCGGCCCUACCAGUCGCCGCAUGUGCCGGUGGCGGUAGCAUCUGUGGAGUCUCCUUCAGGAGUAACGUUGGCCGGCAAGCAUGGAGCUGCUGUGUUGUCGAUGUCGGUGCCGCGUGGAACUAUAAGAAAGACGACCCUUCAAGACCUUUGGUCCAUCGCCGAAGACUCCGCUGCAGAGCACGGCAAUACUGUACGUAGGGAAGACUGGGGCAUCGUCUCCGGUGUUCACUUGGCCGAAACCAAGGAACAGGCCUUCGAGGACAUACGCAAAGGCGGCGCCCGCGUUGUCACCGAAUACUUUGCCAAAACCCUCGGCAAUCCGGCGCCCGACGUUCCCCCUGACGAAAUUGUCGAUUACAUGGUCGAGAACAACCAGUGGAUCGUUGGCACGCCCGAUGAUUGUAUCGAGGGCAUAAACCGGUUGCAGGAAAUGAGUGGGGGCUUUGGCAGCUUUAUGAUCCGGGUAGAGGACUGGGCCCCGAGAGAAAAGAUCCUGCAUAGCUACGAGCUGCUGGCCCGCUACGUCAUGCCCCACUUCCAAGGCAGCUUGGUCGGCAUCCAGAACUCCCAGCGUUGGGUGAGCAACAUCAAGGAAGACCUGCAAGCUUUCCGCAAGGCAUCUAUCCAGCGGGCCACCGAUGUCUACGAUGCGUCGAGACAAGCUUAG